AAGCUGACACUAUAAGACAAGUCCAGGAAAUUCUGGGAGGGUUAAUGUCAGGGGCUAGGUGUAAACUGGACCCAUCAUGGGUGGUUGAGAAACUCCUGAGUCCUAAUGGUCCUCUGCAUGACAUACGUAGCCUGCAGAACCAGCUCCAAAGUCUGGAAGGGGUCCUAGAGACAAGUCAGAACACCAUAAAGGUCCUGCUGGAUGUCAUUCAAGACCUUGAGAAAAAGGAAGCAGAGAGAGAUGGAAGACAUUCAUAUAGGACCGGACAGGACAUUGAGAACUGUGGCACCUGCAGGGACUGUGCUUGCAUCAUCUACAGCGUUGAGCAUGACUUUCGUCUUCAAGAAGGUCAGGUGGUGCGAACAUGGAAGGUGGGCGACCCUCCCGAGGGCUCGCCACAGAGUCCCACUCCCCAGGCCUCAACGCCGCACCAACAAGACUCUCCACAACUAGUGCGGCCCCCUGCCACCGCCAAGAAGAACAGAAAGAAAUGCUUCUGGUUCCUCUGAGCACCGGGGGGAAGGAAAAAGAGACAUUUUGACACUGCAAUGCACCUCACAUGCUCAUUUAGAAAGAUGCUUGACUUUCAGGAGUUUGUUUGAAUAAAAAGGAUUGCAAUGCAAAUAUUAAACUGUGGGAGGGGAAAGAGUGGCAAAGGUUACGUUUUAUUUUCUACCUGCUUCUGUUGGCGUCGAUGAGAACGAUUUAACAAGGCUGCACAUGUUGUUACUGUUGUUUUUAAAAGCCUCUUCAGCACUUACAGAUUUGAUACAGGUGCAGGGAAAGAAAAGUGCUGAAGUCGAGCAAAAGCUAAAAGUUUAGUCGAAGUUAUAACUUGUGGUUAUGAAGCAAUUAGGAGAUAAAAAGACAAUAUAUAUAUACUGUCCAGGGACAGGAAUAAGAGGGAAGGCAGCAGAUAGGAUGGAGCAUAUUUUUAAAGGUUAAACUGAUAUAAUUUAUGGACUAAAAGAAACAUUUUGAUCCCCAUUAAUGGACAAAUGAGGGUCAGAACACCAGCUUUUAUAUCUUAAGACAGUUCAAAUAAAAAUAAAUAUAAUGACCCAAUGAAAAUGUUUUAUUAUACUGUAAUUGAUAAAACCACUAUGUGUGUCUACAUGUACAUACUGCACACACAACCACACACACCAACAAAUACACAAAGA